AUGAAUAUACCUCCGUGCAUGAGUAAUGACCGUUUUAUUUGGACGACAGAUGAACCCGACGUGGAGCUAAUAGAACCUGAAAUUUUAGCAUCAAUCGAUAAAAAUUGGUUGAUAUUUGGUUUACAGAAAGACUGUCCGCCCCAAUCUCAUACUUUCACGUUAUAUAACCACGGAGAUCAUCCAAUUGCUUUCAAUAUUUCAACUAGCGAUAAUUAUGCAUAUUUUCUAUCCCAAGUGCAAGGCGUUAUUUUUGGUCGUCAACUUCACGCUCUGCCAUUUGUUCGAACCACAAACUCGACUACAAUAACUGUUUAUCGAAGACCUACGAAUGCAUUUAAAAUGGACGACGAUUAUCCUUACAUCAAAAGAACUUCAUUCCCUCGGAAAGACCGUUUAUUCAUUUAUUUGGCGCCUGUUUUCCACUGGAAAACUGAACCGACUUCUGUUUUCAACCAUACAAUGCCAUAUGAGAAACUACGAAUUUGUUUGUAUUACACAGCUCAACACAGUACAGAUGAAAGAUUAAACUUCUCGUUGCAUCAACGAUAUUCUGGAUGGAAUACGUGGCAGUCACGUUCACAAAAUCGACACAACGAUAUACUUUGA